UUCUCAGUCCUCCGAGCGAAUCGAGAGACGCCAUGACUCGUCGAGAUAUGUGGCUCGCGCUCCUGCUUCUCUCGAGAGAACUGUGAUAUUUUUGUUACUACCAUGUUGCUUUAUCGAAGAUUAAUUUUUUAUUCUGUGAGAUGCAAUUAGUACGUUUCAGACAGGUAAAAAAAAUGAAUACUGCGUAUCAACGAAUUGCCCUCGUCCUCUUGAUAUUUAAUCUCACUGAGGUGACACUCGGUCAAGCGAAGAAGCGAACACCUCUGAAGGACAUCAAGCCUUACAGGCCCAACGUCGAGUGCGACGAUCCGAACAAGCCGUGCGAUGUUUUCAUGUCCGUGGACCUGGCCAACGGCACGAGAAACAAGGACGGCUCGGUCAGCAUCGGCGGCGUGACCAUCCCAGCCACCCUUCAGUUUCGCUACUACGGCCAGGAUCGGGGCUGCCCCUGCGGUCUGAAAAAGUGCAUCAGACUCUGCUGUCCGCGGGGCCUGGUGGCCGACGGCGACUGCCGUCCACCCAGCAGCGGUUCAGCGGCUAAUCCGCGGAAUUUCUUCGACGAGCUGCCCGACGGCCUGCUGUCGCCCAAGAUCAAGAGCUUGGACGACGAUUUUUACGUCAUCCACGAGAUGGACUGCUCGACGCAGCCCAGCGUCGAUCUGUUCGUGACAGGACCGAACAGAUUCGCGGGCGAGAACUUCACCGUCACGGAGGACGGCGAGCUGAUCGUGGAGAGCUACUACACGUCAGCUGCGGACAGGAAGAAGAGAUCGGCCAGCUACGGUCCCGAGAGAUACUGCAUCGGUUGGUCGGAAAAGUAUCAGGGGGUCAAAGUCCAGACUUGCAGAAGUCGCGAGGAGGUGCGGCAGGCCGAGGAGGCCGGACAGAAGCUCAAAUUUCAGAAGAGGGACGGCAUGCAGAAGAAGAGUAAAAAGAGAGAAAAUUGAAAAAUUAUAAAUUAUUUUACUUUUAGUUA